CGGGAGCUGCACUGGCCAGGGGUUCCGGCUGCAUUUCCAUGAGCGCCGGCGGCAGCCGCUGAGCUGCGGGAACCUGACUGGGGGCGAACUGGGCCGCAGUAGUCAACUACAAGCAGGUGGUGGUUCCCGUUGUUUCUGAGAUAUAAUGUGACUUAUCACCUGAGUCCCCAUGGCACCUUUUGCUCUCCUCCAGCAAAACUUUUAGGUUAAAUCGAAUGAGAUCUGACCUGACCGGCCCAGCUGUGCAGCUUUUUAAGAACAGUUCAUAUUCGCAGUAGAGAGGAACAGGUGACGUAGAUCAAGAUGAAUGCCAUGCUGGAGACCCCCGAGCUCCCGGCCGUGUUUGACGGGGUGAAGCUGGCUGCAGUGGCUGCUGUGCUGUAUGUGAUCGUCCGGUGUUUGAACCUGAAGAGCCCCACGGCCCCACCUGAACUCUACUUCCAGGACUCGGGGCUCUCAUGCUUCCUGCUCAAGUCCUGUCCUCUUCUGACCAAAGAAUAUAUUCCACCUUUGAUCUGGGGGAAAAGUGGACACAUCCAAACAGCCUUGUAUGGGAAGAUGGGAAGGGUGAGGUCACCACACCCGUAUGGGCACCGGAAGUUCAUCACCAUGUCUGACGGAGCCACUUCGACCUUUGACCUCUUUGAGCCCUUGGCUGAGCACUGUGUGGGAGAUGAUGUUACCAUGGUCAUCUGCCCUGGAAUUGCCAAUCACAGCGAGAAGCAGUACAUCCGCACCUUCGUUGACUACGCCCAGAAAAAUGGCUAUCGGUGUGCCGUGCUGAACCACCUGGGCGCCUUGCCCAACAUUGAACUGACCUCGCCACGCAUGUUCACCUACGGCUGCACCUGGGAAUUUGGAGCCAUGGUAAACUACAUCAGGAAGACAUAUCCCCUGACCCAGCUGGUGGUCGUGGGCUUUAGCCUGGGCGGUAACAUCGUGUGUAAAUACUUGGGGGAGACCCAGGCCAACCAAGAAAAGGUUCUGUGCUGCGUCAGCGUGUGCCAGGGCUACAGUGCACUGAGGGCCCAGGAAACCUUCAUGCAGUGGGAUCAGUGCCGGCGCUUCUACAACUUCCUCAUGGCCGACAACAUGAAGAAGAUCAUCCUCUCGCACAGGCAAGCUCUUUUUGGAGACCAUGUUAAGAAACCUCAGAGCCUGGAGGACACAGACUUGAGCCGCCUCUACACAGCCACAUCCCUGAUGCAGAUCGACGACAAUGUGAUGAGGAAGUUUCAUGGCUAUAACUCCCUGAAGGAAUAUUACGAGGAAGAAAGCUGCAUGAGGUACCUGCACAGGAUUUAUGUACCUCUCAUGUUGGUGAACGCAGCCGAUGACCCCUUGGUGCAUGAAAGUCUUCUAACCAUUCCAAAAUCUCUUUCAGAGAAACGGGAGAACGUCAUGUUUGUGCUGCCCCUGCACGGGGGCCACCUGGGCUUCUUUGAGGGGUCUGUGCUGUUCCCCGAGCCCCUGACAUGGAUGGAUAAGCUGGUGGUGGAGUACGCCAACGCCAUUUGCCAGUGGGAACGUAACAAGUCGCAGUGCUCUGACACGGAACAGGUGGAGGCCGACCUGGAGUGAGGCAGCCCCCGGACUCUGGUGCGCGCCAGCUGCCCUGGUCACCGGCUGUUUCAGGUCUCCCAUCUCCCUCAGUGACCUGGAUCUGACCUCACACCAUCAACGGGGACCACCCACUAGACACACCUUGAAGUAGGUGGCCAUCCCUGGGAGCUCCAGGCAAUUUUGUGCUUAGUUACUGGUUUUCUCCACUGCAUUGUUAGCCAUGGUGACAAGCAACAGAGUUUUCACCCUCCUGUCUGGUGUCAGCAUCUGAUUGCUUUCAAGCCAAUUACAUCCAGUUUCCCUAUUAAAAAUGUGUCUGAACAGCAAUUUUGCUUUGCCAAUCAGAAGGCUUUUCCCCAAGAGCAGUGAAGGAUGUAUGUUAUUUUGUGGUGGUGUAUGUGUCCUGACGUAGACCCUAAAAAGAGCCAAUGCUGUAGAUGCAGCUCAGCUUGGGAGCGGGGGACCCUGGGCCUCCCAGGCCAAGACUGUGGCCUCCUACAUAGCAAAGAAAAUUCCCUUGAGUCACAAACCAAGUUUCUCCCUCACUGUCCUCUAAGACAGUUUUCCCACAGGUUGCUUAUGAUGAGAGUUACCUGGGGCGCUUGUUACAAAUUCAGCCUCCCAGGUCCCUCCGCUUGGAGAAGCUGUUUCAGUGGGUCUGGGAAGGGGCCUGGGGAUUCUAAUUUUUGACAAGUGCCCCAGGUGAUUCUCCUCACCAGGCAAAUUUGAGAAGCACGGUUGUGCAGAGCCUUUAAAUUAGAAACAUCUCGGUAGUUUGUGUUGUUGAAAUUCGUAGUCAGAGUUAUCUCUUAGAUCCCAGGAGCCUCCAAAGCUGCAAGGCCUGUCGUGUACGGCUGCCCUGGUGCGAUCGCUAUGUGAUGUCUCAGAAAGGGCUUGGGCUGGGGGUGAAGACUUCAGGCCAUGCCUGACUCUGCCUCUCACUGGCUAUAUGACCCUGGAAAAGUCCCUUUGAACUUUUGUUUCUUCACCUGUAAAAUGGGGGACUUGGGCCAGGUAGAUUGCCGAUAUCGCUACCAGUUCUAAAGUUCAAUGACAAACUCAGUUUACUGAGGUUUGAGAGAACACCUCUCCAGGGGAGCCUGAGAGCUAUUCUAAGCAUGUAGACGUCAUCAUUUGUCUUUCUUUUUUUUUCUGUCCCUCAUUUCAUAUAAAGAGGGUUUUUUUUUUUUUGGUGUGUUUUUUUUUUAAAGCACUCAGUUAUAAUUUUAUUUUUUUAACCCAGGUCUCUCUAACUCUGGCUUUUGAUACCAAACAAUUCAAAAGUUGGAUCUGAGUUUGGAGAAAUAUCUUUCUAACUGAAGAGGGUGUGAUUUUGAAACCAGAUUUUGUAAUGUAAUAGCUCAUAUUUGUAGCGUGUUGGAUAGAUCUUUCCAGAGUGUUAUCUUCUCAAAUGAAAAGUAACUCUACAUUUCAAGUACUCCUUUCCUCCAAUCCUGUGGUACUUGAAUAUCUAAAAUUCCUGCACUUUGAAAAAUCAGCAGUUGCUAUCUGGAACUAAACAGAAUUACAAGUGAAAUGACCUAGAUACUUAAAAAAAAAAAAAAAUUUCCCGGCUUCCUCUCCUUUGCUAUAGGACAGACAGGAAUGUAAAUAGUGGGUCUGUAUAUGGAUGUUUAAGGGGUAAAGGGAGCCACCUGAGGGCCUGGAUGCAGCCCCUCAUGGCCGCAGGUGGAUGUAGUUUGGGCAUCGGUCCAAGUCAUGUGACAGUAACGUCUGUAACCUGAAGAAGUUGUUUUCUGACAAUCACCAGAUCAUCCUAAAUAAUAACAUCAAAAACAGCCGUAUCUGAAGAGACUGAGACUUCUAUGGUCUCGGCUUUGCUUCGGUACAAUUUCUCCCACACACCAAAUUCAUCAUUGUGACUUUCCCCCCAAGUUGUUACUUUUCAAAUGCUUUUCUUUUUCAUGUUCUUUUAGUACAAAUUGGCACUUUAUCAUUUCCCCUCAAUUUCGAAGCUAGUCUCUCCCCUCUGUUACUUUUUCCUCCAACCAACAACCACAGCUAUAAUCUAGAAGGUUCAUGGUCAUAUAUCCUGCUACAACCUUCAUGUCUCAAGACCUUUUUUUGUGAAAUUAGAUGAACGAAGCAAUAACUUAAUAGGGUUGAAUCACCAUCCCAGGAAGCAAGAGGCUCCUUUUCAUUUGCCUUAGGUCACAUCCCUUGAUCUAUUCCGACAAAGUAGUGGCCAGGUACUAGCUCCAUUCAGGAGGAGAAAACAGUCCUGUUGUCACACACUUGGUGGGGAUGGGGGCAGAAGUCCUUGGAGCCUGGUGUGCACAGCAGUUCUGGUGGCCCACGGAGGAGAGGCAGGGCUCGGGGCACAGCCUUUGUUGCCACAUAACCGGAAUUUACCCCACGGGACUGUGGAGACCGCGUCCCAGCUGAAAUCUUUUUAGUGUGUAACUCUGAAUGGCACUUACAUUCCAUUUUGGCUCACAUGAAAUCAACUGAAGGCCUCUGUUCAAGCUUCAGGAUCUCAGGCAUGGAAAUAAGAGUGUAACUGUGGCUAUCUUACAGGAAAAUUCUUGUUUGUCCCUGAAUGAGAGCACAGAGGCAUUGAAUUUACAGAGAUGCGAGCUCGCCUAAUAAACAAGGGAGCAGCAUUUUAUAUGUAGGUCAGCUUUUUCCUUCCUCCAGCUUUCCCUGCUUUUCGUUCGUUCCUGAUGAUAAUGUGAGGGCUCUUCUUGCUACUGAGGUCCUCUUGGGCUAAAACAAGGCAGAAUUUUCAAAGAGUAUUUGAAUAUUAUAUUUUAAAAUCAGGUUAAAAAUACAAUAAAAUCAGGUUAAGGAUAUAAAUUGCAGAGACCUAGACAGUUCUAUCGCAGGAAGAACACGUUAAAAACCAAGCAGGGUGGGCUUCCCUAGUGGCGCAGUGGUUGAGAGUCCGCCUGCCGAUGCAGGAGACACGGGUUCGUGCCCUGGUCUGGGAAGAUCCCACAUGCCGCGGAGCGGCUGGGCCCGUGAGCCAUGGCCGCUGAGCCUGCGCGUCCGGAGCCUGUGCUCCGCAACGGGAGAGGCCACAACAGUGAGAGGCCCGCGUACCACAAAAAAAAAAAAAAAAAAAAAAAAAAAGACCAAGCAGGUUUUUAACAAUUCUCUGGGUUGUUCUCCCUGCCUCUAAACAGUUUGAAGACAGUGAUGAAGAUCCCAGUCAAGUCAGGAUUAUCUGACUUGAAAAAAUGGUCUCAAGUCUCCUUGAUGCAUUUAUGUUAGUAGGGAGUUUAACAGACUUGAGGAAAACCUCUUACCUUCCCGCCCGUGAGUUUGCACCAGUGAUUCCAGAGCAGAAGGAAGGCAGAAAGUUGUUUGUUGUCACUGUAUUCUUUGAACCUCCCCGCAGCGUUUUACACAUGAGAGUGGGCCUAUAUCUUGACAUGGUGUUAGGGAACCAGGGUUUGGGAGACUUGGAUUCUUGUCCUAUCUCUAAUUCACAUUGGAUUGUGGGCCAUCACUUCACCUCUCCGAGCCCCAAUUACCUCAUCUUAGACCAUCUCUAAGUCUACUUCAUCCACUUACACGUCAUUUGCCAGAACAUUCCCACUGGCCUUCUUACAGCCUUUGCAAGUGGAAACAGAUAAGUCAAGACUUCGGGCUUAUCUUGAGGGGACUUGGAGAGAGGGAGCUACUGCAUUCAGCCUUUGUUGGUGAAGACCCUUGGUUUUGCCCAAAGCCCUGUGUCUCUGACUGGCUUCUCUUCAGAGCCUCCGUUGUCAUCUCAAUAUUCUUUCUGUACUGAGGGUGGUCUUAUGACUGGGACAGGUGCUGACCGUUGGAACGAGGUGAAUAUCCCCAUCCUUCUGUGUGACUUGGGCAAGCUUUGAGAAUUCCCAGGGCAGAAACCCUUCCUGCUCAGACUUUCAUUCUAAAACUACAGUCUUCAUUAAAGCCGAACUUUCUGGGUAGCUGAGCUUAUAUGCCUGGCAUCUGAAUGAGAGCUCUCUUUGUCACUGUGUGGCUUGAGAUCCGUUUUGCCAGCUCCGGGGAAACAAUACGUGUGUUCUUGUUUGUGUUUGCUGGGCAAGCAGAUGUCUGAGCUGUGAGAGGCUUUUCUUUUCCCAUGGCAUUGCUUCUGACUUAGCGCUAAAGUGAAGAUCACUGAAACAUCACGUUGAGUUGAAAACUCAGGUCUUUGUCGUCUAAGGCAGGACAGGAGAGUUAUUAAGAAGCAUUUCACUGCAGCAUCCGCUCACAAUAUCAUCUGGAAUUGUCCUCUUUGCCCAGAAAGCCUUAACUUGCCUCUAGAAUAUCCCCUGGUGGUACAACACUAUUGUGGCUUUGGAAUUCAAAUUAUUCUGCUGUAGAAGUCUGAAGCAAAGCUCCAGCAAAACCGGAAAAUGUCUCCAUGUGGCCUGUACGCUCCUUAUUACAUUAGGUGUCCCCCACCCCUUGACAAUAAGAGCAAUCCAGAACUGGCCAAACACCUCAUCUCUGACGCCUUUCUUCCUUCUUGGCCUCACUCUGUUUUUCAGAGCCACUUUGGAUGCUUCAAAAAACCAUGAAAAGUGGCCUGCCUUUGGUAUUUAGAGGCCAAGCAAUUGGGGGAAAGGUUUCCUUCUCCCCCCUGUUAUCAAAGCAGAGGGAAGUGCCCCCUCUUCAUAAACUAGGAUUGCUUUUGCCAAAUUGUAUUUGAAGGGGAACGGGCCCGUACUCGCAGUGAGAACUGGGAUGCUAUCCAAAACUACAGCUGCUUCCUCUUGCCGGUGUCACUGCUACAACUGCCUCCGGACGCUGUAGCCCAGGCAUCCCCCCGCAGUGGCCCUUGGAGGCAGGCUGCAGAGCCCAGCUCGCCAGCCAUUCUCAGACCCCAGACGGUAGACAGCUGCCCCUUUUGAAGGAGUCAGCCCCCUACACACACCAUGUUUUCUGAACCGUUUCUCCUAGCAUGUAUUGUGGGUAAAACAUUCACCUAUCUCUAAUGAGUAAGCUGAAGUUAAUCUCCAAGCAGUGAAUUAAGUCCUUUAACUCGACUCCUGUCAGUUAGUAAUAAAACCUAUAACCUGCCGUCUCCCCGUCCUGGUCCCCAUUAGCCAAGAAAUCUGUCGCCGUAAGUUGGGGACAGUCCACGUAUAGCACCUGCAGAAAUACCCUUCAUCUCAAUAGGCAUUCUCCUUCCAGACCACCCACAUGGAGCAGCCAACAGUCACCUAGAAUAAUUGCUGAGCCCUCAGUCCUAGCGCCAGCCACUCCCUCCCAGUGGGUGGACCGAGUUCCUGGGUGUGGGAGUUAGGUUUGGUUUGGUUUUUGUUUUGGCCUCUUUAGUUUUCCUAAAGCACAAGUCCAUGUAGAAUCCUGUCACCUCUCCACACCAAUUUCAGACGGUCUGGGUCUCUCCCACUGCCUCAGGAAGACCUUCACUGUACCUGAGCUUUUGACUUCUGCCACUGCAGCUGCCUUAGCGACAUCAGGGGCUGGGGGCGUGGAGGGGGGAGCCAGUUUGCAUCUCCCCCUUUCCUGGUUAGACUUCCAUGAACCACAUUCUUCUGUCGGCAGAUCUGCUUCCAGAUUGAUUUUUGAGAACCAUCACUUUCACAUUCCUAAUUUUUGUUUGUUUUGUUUGAUUUUUUUUUUUUUGGACUUUCUGAAACUUCAAAUGCUGCCCUAAAGAUAAUGUAUUUUUGAGUUUGUGUUCUGAAAGCCUCCGUGCUGGUGGAUUGGGGGUGGGGGAGGCGGAAUACAGGAUCCUCCAGCACUGAGGUGUUUAAGAUUUGCAACUAGCAAUGCAAUUUUUUCUAAAUAUGAGGAUAUUUACCUUUAUUAAGAAAUUAUACUAAACAGUGGUGUCCUUGAUCAUUUUAUGUUCUCAUAUUACUUUUGGUUCUGUUUUGAUUCUGUGUGGUGGUAAACAAAGAUCAUUACAAACAAAAACUGUAAUUUUGUUAUCUUUGAUUCAA